AUGUCCCAAGUACACCUCCUGCUGCUCUUGGCUGCCCUGGUACUGACCAGCCAUGUACACGGAGCCACACUGAGGAAUGAAGACACGUGGAAGCCACUGAGCAACCCCAGAAACCGAGAACUGUUUUUCAGAAGCCUCCAGGCCUACUUUAAGGGCAGAGGACUUGAUCUUGGGAACCUUCCAAAUACCUUCUUCAUGAAUGAGGACCCCAGACCUUUCUCUUUCGGGUCGGAGCAUAUUGCUUCUGCAUUUGCAGACUACGAAGAGCAGAAAAACUCCCUCCGUAAUUCCUACAAAGGCUGAAAGCCCAGGUGGCCAUGUUAAAGCUGCAGAAGAGCUUUCCAAGAGAAAAUUCACCAG